AUGAAGCGCACUACGGAUCAGAGACCGUCAAUUGACGGCAAUGGCAUGCCCGACUCUAAAAAGCGGGCUCUGUCCAGCGAAGAGGCAGUCGCACGCUUCAGCGACGGCCUCUUCGACCCGGCAAAGCAAAAGAAGUAUACCGACGCAUACGCCAAGUCAUCUCCGUACUUGCACGGUGUCAUCUGUCCCCUGAUCGAGCCGUCUCUUUUGCGCUCUGUGCGUGACGAGGUGCAAGAGCACCUAUCCUUCACCGAGAAGGAGACCGACAUCUACAAGAUCUUCCAGUCGGGUGAUCUGGCCAACCUGGACGGCCUCGAUGACUCGUCCUUGUCAAAGCUUCCUUCGCUGCUCAAGCUCCGUGAUGCGAUGUACUCAGCUCGCUUCCGCGAGUACCUUUCCUCCGUAACUGGGUCGGGCAAAUUGAGUGGUAAGAAGACAGACAUGGCCAUCAACAUCUACACUGAGGGCUGUCAUCUUUUGUGCCAUGACGACGUGAUUGGUAGCCGUCGUGUCAGUUACAUUCUGUAUCUGACCGAUCCCGACACGCCAUGGCAGAAGGAAUGGGGCGGUGCGCUGCGCCUGUACCCGACCACGACGAAGAAGGAUGCCCAAGGCGAGGACGUCAAAAUCCCCAGUCCCGAUUUUAGCCUCUCAAUCCCCCCUGCGUUCAACCAGCUCAGCUUCUUCACUGUUCAGCCGGGCGAGAGUUUCCAUGACGUGGAAGAAGUGUACCACUACCGCGAAGGCGAGGACAAGUCGAAGAAGCGUGUGCGCAUGGCCAUCAGUGGAUGGUUCCAUAUCCCCCAAGAAGGAGAAGACGGGUACGAAGAGGGACUGGAGGAGAAGCUUGCGGCGCGCAGCAGUUUGGCUCAACUGCAGGGCCGAGGGGAUAUCUACGAUCUUCCGCAACCGAAACCCGUGUCAUGGGAGGUUCCGGAGGUGUCUGGCAAGGGAAAGGGCAGGAUGGAAGAGGAAGCGGCGGAGGGCAACGAGUUUACCGAGAGUGAUCUCGAGUUCCUCGUGCAGUACUUGGCUCCAUCAUACCUGACUCCCGACAUCGCCGAGGAAAUGUCCGAAGCAUUUGGAAACGAGUCCUCACUGAGUCUGGAGCGCUUCCUCAACGAGAAAUUUGCUUCCCGCGUGAGCGCCUACAUCGAGGAACAAGAGCGACAAGGUUUGCCUGCGUCAUGCGAAGAAAUCCAAGCCACCACCGAGUGGACGGUGGCCGUGCCCCCUCACAAGCACCGUUAUCUCUACCAGCAGGCCGCCGAGGGCGACACGAGUAACCCCAUCAAGGAGCUGCUGAAUGUGCUCUUCCCUUCUCAGUCUUUCCGAAAGUGGCUUGCCCUGAUCACCGGUGUAGACCAUCUCAAGACUCACAACUUCCUUGCCCGGCGCUUCCGCCGUGGUGCGGACUAUACCUUGGCCAGUGGGUAUGACGGAGAAGAGCCCCGUUUAGAAUUCACUCUCUCCUUGACUCCCACGACCGGAUGGGAGAAGGAAGUGGAAGAAGAAGAUGAGGACGAGGAAGAGGACGAGGGUGAGGGUGAGAAGAGAGAACCCAAGAACAAAGCAGCCGAGUCAAAGAAGGAUGCCGCUCAAGAGACCGUCGAGCAUCCUUCGGUCGGUGGAUACGAAAUCUACAUGGCCGGUGACGACGACGAGGAGGACGAGGAUGAGGACGAGGAGCACGCAGACCAAGUCCUCCGGCCCAAGAAGACCAAGGCCGACCCGGCCAUCUACCGCUCUGCUGGGGCUGAUGAGGAUGAUGGGAUUCUGUUUAGCAGCCAGGCGGGCUGGAACCGUCUCAGCAUUGUCCUGCGGGAUAGUGGUACCCUGAAGUUUGUCAAGUACGUCAGUGCCAACGCCAAGGGAGAUCGAUGGGAUGUCACCGGCGACAUUGAGGUGGAGUUUGACGAAGAUGAGGAUGAAGAUGACGGUGACGAUGAGUGA